AUGUCUGCACAGUCCAAGACAACUAAUACGUACGUGCUCGGCAAUGGUCUUAGAGCCAAAGAAAAGAGAGGGCUGGCCACUGUGCGUGCUGCGGGGAAUCAGCACAGAACCGCGUAUCAUAGAUCUAUAGCCAUAAGCAAUUUUCAUGCAAAAUCAGUCAACCAAAAAGAACGAUAUUGUUGUGCCGGUCGAAUAACUGAGGGUUCAUUAGAGGCAGCACACGUAUUGUUUCGCGCAGCUCGCAGCUUGCGAGUGCGAGCAGCCUAUAGACCUCGAAAAGCGAAAUAUCCGGUUUCACCAUCGUCUAAAGCUUUUCUACCGGCUGGAUUUACACAUCAGAUCUUGGGAGCCUUCUCGCAAGUGGCGCGCCCCCUUUUCGCAUUUCUAGGGUGUGUAGGCGUCACGGAUACCCCAUUAUCUCGCAUAAUGCUGGCUCGCAUUUGCAAGGGGUUGCCGCGCACUUUCUUAGCGCAGGCACAAAAAACUAAUGGCGUCCGGUGCUUCUCAUCGGUCAAGUUUCUCGAGCAGAAAAGAUCCGGGGAGGAGACUGUAUACUUCAAAAAGGAAGAUGAAGCCCUGCUCCGCGCUCUGCUAGCAAAGCACCCGGAGGCAGAUCCUAAAUUUCAGCAUUCGGCGGGCCAUGCGUCUUUGGAGUCUCUUCAGUCUGCAUUGGCUCUCUGUGUGAAUAAGCAUCUUAAAGCGCAGCCACCAAAAGCUUUCCUAGAUGAGGUCACCCUUGUCUUCAUCAACAACGGAUGGACCCCGCCCACCGAACAAAGAACCGCCAUCCAGCCCAAUCAGCCCCAAUAA